UCACAUGAAAGACUAUGAGACCAAUACCAAAGGUUGUUCAAACUUCAACGUCAACUAUCCCACCACCAUAUAUUAUCAUUAUAUGUCUGCCUCUUCCAAUAUUUUAUUUACAUGUACCAAAAAAUAAAGCAAAUCCCAACGUGGUCAAAAGUUCUGUUGACUACAUGAAAAAUGGGAUUGUUGACAGCAAAACUCAUCACCAUCUUCAUCUUUCUCUGUUGUCUUCAGUCCAUAUCUCGAGCCAAGCUAAAGAAAUUCGACAAGCAAUAUGGACCCUUUGACGAAACUUACCAUGACAUUUUUCAAGUAAUACCUCCUGCAACGAUCAGUAACCAGUCUCUCCAAGUGACAUCUGAUUUUGUCCGCGUUUAUGGGAGCCUGUUAAACAAUGCAGGAAGAAUCCUCUUGAAACAGUCCUUCAAGUUGUGGGAUGAUAGUACCAAAAGAGUGGCAUCUUUCAACUCUUCAUUCCUUGUAAACAUUUACAGGGUAGAAAAUGAAACUGCAGCUGAAGGUUUAACUUUCUUGAUUUCUCCUGAUUUAGAGCUGCCAACUAACAGCCACGGACAGCAUUUAGGCUUGACAAAUGCUAAUACUGAUGGUGGAUCUACCAAUAAAGUUAUCGCGGUCGAGCUUGAUACAUUCAAGCAAGAGUUUGACCCUGAUGAUAACCAUAUUGGGAUUGAUAUUCAUAGUAUUAGUUCUGUAAAGGUCGAAUCUUUAACCAAACAUGGUAUUGAGCUUGCUCCAAUUGGUGCAAGAUUUUACAAUAUUUGGGUACAAUAUGAUGGUAUCAAGAGAGUUCUUGAUGUGUACAUAGCAGAACAAGCCGAGUAUAAUGGCUCAACCCCACCUAGGCCAAAGAAUCCAAUAUUAACACAUGAUAUUGAUUUAAGAGAUGUUGUUAAUCAAGAAUCAUACUUUGGAUUCUCUGCUUCAACAGGAAAUUUUUUUCAAUUGAAUUGUGUGUUAAGGUGGAACUUGACAGUUGAGUAUUUUCAAGAAAAAAAUCAAUACUUAACCAUUGGUCUAGGUGUUGGGGUUCCAUUAUUUGUUCUAUUCUUGAUUUUGUUACCACUUUUGGGGUACUAUUACCACAAGAAAAAGGCUGCUAGGUCAGACUCAAUUAUACUUGGUGCACUUAAGAGUUUGCCUGGAAUGCCUAGAGAUUUUAAGUUUAAGAUAUUGAAGAAAGCUACAAAUAAUUUUGAUGAAAAGAAUAAGCUAGGUGAAGGUGGAUUUGGAGUGGUUUACAAAGGGUAUUUAGUUGGUGAAAAUUUGGAAAUUGCAGUGAAGCGGUUUUCAAGGGAAAGUAUCAAAGGUCAAGAUGAUUUCUUGGCUGAGCUUACCAUCAUCAACCGUCUACGGCAUAAACAUCUUGUCAAAUUGCUCGGAUGGAGCCACAAGCAUGGAAAGCUACUACUUGUAUAUGAAUACAUGCCAAAUGGUAGCCUAGACAAACACCUUUUCUCAGGGCCAGAUAAAAAGCCACUCAGCUGGCAAGUCAGGUACAAGAUUGUUUCAGGCGUCGCCUCAGCUCUGCACUAUCUGCACGAUGAGUUCGAGCAGAAAGUGGUCCAUCGUGAUCUUAAGGCAAACAACAUCAUGCUCGACUCCAACUUCAAUGCACGCCUCGGUGAUUUUGGCCUGGCACGAGCACUUGACAAUGAAAAGACCUCGUAUGCUGAGGCAGAGGGCGUGCUUGGCACGAUGGGAUACAUUGCACCAGAGUGUUUUCUCACUGGAAAAGCCACUCAACAUUCUGAUGUAUAUGCAUUUGGGGCAGUGUUGUUGGAAUUAGUAUGUGGCAAGAGACCUGGAACUAAAGUUAAUGGCUUUCAACUAUUUGCUGAUUGGGUUUGGUACUUGCAUCGCGAUGGUAGAAUCCUCGAAGCUGUUGACACGAGGCUCGGGGAUGAUUAUGUAGCUGAAGAAGUAAAGAGAUUGUUAUUACUUGCUUUGGCUUGCUCUCAUCCAAUUGCUAGUGAAAGGCCUAAAACACAGACGAUUGUUCAAAUUAUAUCAGGGUCAGUACCAGAACCUGAAGUUCCACCAUUCAAGCCAGCAUUUGUAUGGCCUUCUUCUCUGGUGCCAAUUGACGUAGACUCGAGUAUUGUCGAUACAAUAUCCAUCACAACUCCUCAGCUCAGUUCAGGAAACAAUGUUGAGUAUCAAAGUAAGUAGAACCAGCAGCAUAUAUACACAUAGGCCAACAGGAAAAAAUGAUUUUGCAUUCUUUUUUUUUUGCCCUGUAAGGUUUUCUUUCAACUUUUCUUUCGUACAUUUGCCUCUUCAUGCUAUGUUUGAGUUUUCAAUUAUUAAGUUUUCGUUCAACUUAGCAAACUAUUGUUAUCCAAAGGAGAUUUGUG